AUGGCUUCGUCUAUGCUUCUUCGCUCAACGCUGCCUAGAACCUUUGCCUCCGCGACUGGACGUAAUGUCUUGCGAUCUGCAUUGCAAGUGAGAGCAAGCUCGACUACCCAAUAUGUGCCGGGUGGACCUAUCAUAAAGGGCACAGUCAACGACCCUAUCGAGUUCCCUACCCCAUCAAAGACGGAUGGCUCGUAUCACUGGGCAUUCGAACGACUUCUUGCAGCCUCCCUCGUACCCAUGACCGCAGCAGCUUUUGUCACCUCCGGGUCAUCUUACCCAGUCUUCGACGGAUUGCUUGGUCUCAGCUUAGUGAUGCACUCUCAUAUUGGGUUCGACUCAAUGAUUGUGGACUACCUGCACAAACGCAAAUUUCCUAUCAUUGGCCCUAUCGCGAGCUGGACACUGAGAACAGUGACGGUUGGCGUGCUUGUUGGCGUUUAUCAGUUCAAUACAAAUGAUAUUGGUUUGACGGAGCUGAUUGCGAAGGUCUGGACAGCGUAA